AUGGCUGCAGCUGCACCUACAGCUGUGGCUGCCUCCAGGAAGGAGUCUCCAGGCAGAUGGGGCCUGGGAGAGGAGCAAAGAGGCGUGGGCCCCUCUCUCCAGUGUCGUGUGUGUGGAGACAGCAGCAGUGGGAAGCAUUAUGGCAUCUAUGCUUGCAAUGGCUGCAGUGGCUUCUUCAAGAGGAGCGUGAGACGGAGGCUCAUCUACAGGUGCCAGGUGGGGGCAGGGAUGUGCCCAGUGGACAAGGCCCACCGGAACCAGUGCCAGGCAUGUCGGCUGAAGAAGUGCUUGCAGGAGGGCAUGAACCAGGAUGCUGUGCAGAAUGAACGCCAGCCACGAAGCACAGCGCAGAUCCGCCUGGACAGGGUGGAAUCAGGCAGGGAGGCCUGGCUGGAGCCCCUGGUGGCUUCCCUGGCCCCCACAGGGCCCAGCCCACGGAGCCCCACACCUAUUUCUGCAGCCAGAGCCCUGGGGCCUGGGGCUGUUACACCUCCAGGGCAUCACCAGUUCAUGGCCAGCCUUAUAACGGCCGAAACCUGUGCUAAACUGGAGCCAGAGGAUGAUGAUGAGAACAUCGAUGUCACCAGCAAUGACCCCAAGUUCCCCGCAUCUCCACAUUCCUCCUGCUCACCCUGUGGUGUGGACAGCAUCCAUGAGACAUCUGCCCGCCUGCUCUUCAUGGCUGUCAAGUGGGCCAAGAGCCUGCCUGUGUUCUCCAACCUACCCUUCCGAGAUCAGGUGAUCCUACUGGAAGAGGCCUGGAGUGAACUCUUCCUCCUUGGAGCCAUCCAGUGGUCUCUGCCUCUGGACAGCUGCCCACUGCUAACCUCAGCUGAAGCCUCAGCUGCUGGCAGCUCCCAGGGCCGGAUGGUGCUGGCCAGUGCAGAGAUGCACUUCCUGCAGGAAACCAUCUCACGGUUCCGGAUGUUGGCGGUGGACCCCACAGAGUUUGCUUGCAUGAAGGCCCUGGUCCUCUUCAAACCAGAAACGCGGGGCCUGAAGGAUCCUGAGCAUGUGGAGGCCUUGCAGGACCAGUCCCAAGCGAUGCUGAGCCAGCACGGCAAGGCCCACCACCCCGGCCAGCCCACGAGGUUUGGGAAAUUGCUCCUGCUCCUCCCAUCUUUAAGAUUUAUCACUUCUGAACGCAUUGAGCUCCUCUUUUUCCGCAAGACCAUAGGGAAUACUCCAAUGGAGAAGCUCCUCUGUGAUAUGUUCAAAAACUAA